AAAAAAGUUUGACUAACCUAACCUUUACAUUAAGGCGCAUACUCAAGAAGCAACGAAAGUAAUAUGAGCUUGUGAUUGGUUAGUUGGAAAAUAAACUUCAUGAGUCUAAAUGUAUAUUAUGCUUAUUAUUAUGUAUAUUUUGUACCGUUUAUUGCAUUUAAAAAUCUCAAACUCAAGCUAGCACCUGCCUCAUAAUCGGCUGUCUAUAUGCAAAACGCAUUAUAUUUGUGAUUUUUUGAACGAAAAUAGUGAAAAAAUAGUAUUUUAUGGUUGUAACCAUUAAGGAUUUUUAAAAAAAAUUGAACUUACUCUAAGAAUUUGAUCGAAAAAACUUUAUAUAACGCGAAUACAGCUUUCUGUAUUGGACAUGGCUUCACCUAUAGAAUAUAUUCAGUAAAUGUCAUUAACAUAUUAAAUUAUCUGAAAAAAUGGAUGAAUAUGAUGAAAAUGUUGAUGAAACAUUUCAAGAACCGAAAAAAAGAUUUUGGCAGCGAUCAUCGCGAAAGAGAACAAAAAGCGAUGUAAUUAGUGUUAGUUCUAUGGAUAUUUCCCUGGAUUCCACAAUUAUGAAAAGAAAAAAGAGAAGAAGAAUAACAGAAUUGGCUAGUAGUCUUCUAUCAUCAUCGACAUCUGGUAGAUUAAGCAAUGUAUUACAAAAAUCAUUUGGUAUUCACACCAACAAUACUUCUAUUUCAAUGAUUCAUGAAGAAGAUAUUGAUUCAGGUCCAAGCAAAAGAACGAGAAGUAAGUGCGAACAAGUUGGUAGUUUAACGAUACAUAGCUGGUUGACUGAUAUAGCUGGUAGUUGUGGCGAUUCAUUAAAUUUAAAUUUAAGUAGGAAUGAAAUAAAACGACAAGAAGCUAUAUAUGAGCUUUACUGUGGAGAAAAUGUAUUACUAAAUGAUCUUCAGAUGCUUAGGGAAAAUUAUUUCGAACCUCUUCAAUCAGCAGAUAUUUUUACUCCUACUGAAAUACGAACUCUAUUUGGAGAUUUGGAUUUGCUUAUUCAUGUGCAUAGUAAAUUGAGAGAUGAUCUGAUAGAGUUAAGGGACUCAUCGGGGAUUACAAAUACUGUUGGACCUAUAAUCCUUGAAUGGUUACCUACAUUAACUGAACCGUACAUCGAUCGUUGCAAAUCUCAAGUAUUAGCUAGACAUAUUUUAGAAAAUAAAAAAUUACGAAGUAAGAAAUUUCAAGAUUUCCUCAAAAAACGUAUGGAAAUACCACAUGCAGCCGAUCUAUGGACCUACUUAGAUGUCACUCGUUCACGGAUCGUUAAAUAUCCUUUGCUGGUCAAUGAAAUAUUAAAAAGGACUCCGUCAAAUCAUGAAGAUUAUGAAAUACUCAAAGAAGCUAGCACUUUAUUGUCAGAAUUAUUAGAAAAGAUAGACAAAGCUAUGGGUGAAGCUAAAUGUGAAUUAGCUCGUUCAAAAAUCAUAAGUAAGACUGAAUAUGAUCCUGAAGAAUGCAUAAAGACUGCUCGAGAAUUGAUAACAGAAGGACAGCUAAAAGAUACCCGGGGUUUCAAGCUUCAUUGUUUUCUUUUUGAUACUUGUCUGGUACUCACAAGGCGAGUAAUAAAGUCACGAGUACAAAAUUACAAUGUUACUUAUCCCGUUAUUUCUAAGGAACAAAUGCAGGUGGAGACAAAACAUGAUGAUGUUAAUGACUGCGAAUUGAAAAUCGCUGAUCGUAUUUUAUUUGUAAGAGAUGAGCACGAUAAAAAGCAUUGGAUGGAUGCGUUAAAGAAAGCUACAAGUAUUACUAAUGUAUCGAAAAAUGAAAAGUCUAUUGAUAGUGACGAAAAAUCUUCUGAAGUAUCACGAGUAUUACGAGAAAAACAAUUUUCUAGAAGAACUCGUGAACGUCCAAUUUAAAAGACUUUAUCAGUGCAUAAUUUUUAAUGUUAAAUAAAUAAUACAAUAAUAAGUUUCCUUAUGUAUUACGAAUUUUAUACUUCUUAUGAUGAUAUAAUUAUAAGAUAUUAGAAAAUGGCAAAAAAAAAAAUAAUAUAUUUUGUACAAAUUUGUAUAAAAUUCUACAUGCCUAUCUUUCUAUC